GAUGAAGAAAGCAUAUUGUCCUUCUCCAGCCUAUGAUAGCGAUGCAACUCAUCCGGAAAGUCCUUAUCCGAGUCGGAAUUGGGUUGAUGAUUUAGAUCUAUUUAAUGAUAUUAAAGCGACAGAUUCUAUUGUGCCGCGCCAUGCAAAGACAACCUCCGUCAGCGUUCAGACUGUUGUAUCCGGAAGUUUGAGAAGUGAAUCUACAAAGAAAAUCGAUUCAACUGGUCGAAUCCCAAAUUGCAUCGAAAAAUUAGAAGUUCUUGUCAAAAAAGCUCAAAACAAUUCAAAAAAAUUGCCUCCCUAUAGUAUUGCUUUGUUUCACACUUAUCUUAUUCAAUUAGAAACGUUUUUAAGAGAUUGUCGAGAGGAAACAACUCACGACACAAAGCGCUGCAUAGAAAUUUUUUGUGAUUCAGCAUUGUAUUUAACGAACGACGAAGCUGAAAUUUUGAUAACUUCGGUUGGAAAAUUCAUGAGUAAAAUCAUAUGGUUCAUAACUAGUGGCAAGAGUCACUAUCAGAUACUACAAGAAAAGCGUCAGACAGUUCUUUUGCACUUUGCUCAUCAUGAAUAUUUUUCAUUCCAACUAAUAGAAAAACUUGUUACUUGCUUGUGCACUUUAGCUCAAUCGAUCUUGCUAACUUACUUUGGAUUAUUGAACUCAGAAAGCGUAUGCGAAGCGCUCGAAAGAGUACACUUCAUUGCCCAAAUAGCCAUCGAAUGCUUAGUAAAUACGGAAAUCAAAUUUCAUAGAAAUAUUUCUGAUAGUCAACUAAAUUGCCUAAUUCAAGGAUUGGAGUGUGAUGCUGGGUGUUUAGUAGACAUCAACGACACUUUAGUGCAACUGAUGAAUACAGUUACUUCGGCCUUCAAAUUUAGACAACUUCAAGUUCUUCCUAAAGCAAAAGAUUUGUCAUAA